UUCUAGUCCAAUGCGCAUGUCCGAGUUUUAUAGGGACUUCGAUGAGUUGCAAUCUUCCCAAAUGGAUGAAACAUACAAGGAGGAGGAUGGCGAUUUUGCAUUUGAUAUUUGCCGGCAGUUAGAGGCAACCACACUGUCAGCUGAUGAGCUAUUUGAUGACGGCAAAAUCCGAUCACUAGAGACACCACCACAAUCACCAAUUUCUCAACAAAAUAAAACAUUUCAGAAUACGUACUCUACUGAAAGGAGGAAAAAUUCAACAACAGAAACAAUAAUUGAGAACGCAGAAAGGAAAAAGGAACAGAAGAGAGGGAGGGGAAGAAACCAAGCCUUAACAUCCUCAGCCUCCCGGAGAGCAGUGAGGUCGCUCUCCCCCAUUAGAGUUUCUUCAUCUCCAUGGUACGAGAAACAGCCUUUACGAAAAAACGUUGGACAGCUGAAGUUGAUUCCAGGAUCCCCUUCUGCUGCUGGAACCAAUUCCAAUACCACCUCAUCUAAGGGCAGUAGAAGGUGGAGACUAACGGACCUGUUUCGAAGUGCAUCUGAAGGACGAGGAACUGGAAAAGAUCCUCUAAGGAAAUAUUCAACCUUAUACAAGAAACAGGAAGAGAAUAAGAAUACGAGCUUCAAAUCAAAUAAUAGCAGAAAUGGAGCCGUUUCAAUUUAUGAUCCGCAUUUUUCAUUGAAUAGAGCAGCAUCAGAAGACAAGAAGAAAAAGAAGACUUUCCUGCCCUACAAGGGGAUUUUGGGAGGACUCCUCUUCAAUCCAGCAGUCCAUAUGCACACCAACUUCAGGCACUCCCGCUAAUGGAUCCAAGAUUUAACUUCAACCAAAA